AUGCGACGCAUCGAGUACACAGCAACUUUGUAUCUGUUUGCAUUGUGCUACUUUGGAUUACCUUGUAAGAUUCUGAACCUGCAUUCCCUCUUCCUCAUGUCCUUCUCCCCACGCCAGAAGAGGCGAGCCAUCGCGUCUGGCAGCUUCCGAGUUGUCGUGCCUGUCCAGCAAGUGGCCUUUGCUGUCGCGGUGGCAUGGGAAGGGCCACGAGACAACGGUCACGGCCCAGACCACUCAGACCGCUCCACUGAAUCCGCUUCGAAUGCUUCGAAUGCAUCGAAUAUUUCGGACAUUUGGAUCUCAGAGGUCCUGGUCCUUCAAAAAACUUUGAGCAUCAGCCAAGUGUCCAGCCUCGUGUCCCACGACGUGUCCCACGUCAUGUCCCACGACGUGUCCCACGACGUGUCCCAGGUGUCACACCGGGCCACUGGCGGCACUGCGGACACUGCGGGCACUGCGGAUGCUGCCUCCGAGACGGCCGGUGCUACCACCGCCCGCGCCCUGGGGGUGACGCUUCAGAGCGUGAACAGCGUCACCCACAGCGUGAACACGGUCAGCCUGGAUGGUCCACCCAGGCUGCGAGCUUCCACGGCGUCCACGGUGUCCACGGUGUCGUUGUCAGAGACAGUGGAGCAGCUCGAGCACGAACUGCCCAAGAACGAGUUCACUACCUCUGUGCAGAUGCACGUGCAGAAUGAGCAGAAUGAGCAGAAUGAGAUUGAGCGAAUACCUCCAAUUUAUAUGUUCUCCAGGACGGUGAAGCCAAGCAAAGAGAUCGCGAUGGACAAGGAGACAGAGAAAGUUGAGAAUGUUGAGAAAGUCUUUGGUGUCUCAGGUGUGGCAACAGCUCACAAGAGUCAGAUACCAAGUGCAUUCGGUGCGACAUCUAGUUCAGGUGCUUCGACACCCAACGCAUCUGAAUUUGAGAAGCCUUGGGGUCGUCCCGAAGACCCCCAUUUCUUGAGUCCUUGGCCAGGACGCAGAUCUGAGUUGGGAAUGCCCUUGAAGACUUGUCUUGGGGCUUUGCUGGCAGCAGUUCUUUUGGUCCUGAAGUUCAACAAGUUUGCCAUCUUCCAAUGUUGCAAAGGGAUCAGGGCCAAUGAUUUAGAGUACAACUAUGAUCGAUUGCCCAUUUCAUGA